UCCUAGCUGGGCCACUUGUUAAAGUCCUAGUUGGGCUUUUUAAAUGCUUAAUUCGGCAUUUAAAUCUCUAAAUAGUUGGGCUUCUUCAGAAAUUGGGCUUCUGAUGAAACCCUAAGGAAAAAUUCAAAACUUCAAUAUGAUUUGCACCGUAGAUUCAAAGGCCAUUUGCUAAGUUUGUGCCGUGUAGUUUUUGAGAGGAACGAGAUGGGAAAGAAGAAAAUUUCAAUAGAGAAGAUUGAAAACAAGCAGUCUCGCCUUGUGACUUUCUCAAGGAGAAGGAAUGGGCUCUUCAAAAAAGCCAAGGAUUUCUCAAAUCUCUCCGGCUCAUCCGUUGCAAUUCUUGUAAUCUCUCCAGCGGGCCGCCGUUACACUUAUGCCUCUCCUUCCUUUGACUCAGUGGUCGACCAAUUCCUCUCCGAAACCAUUGAUGGCUCUUCCACUGUGACUGACGGUUCUUCUUCAUUUGACUAUGUGGAUGACCAAUUUCUCCCCACCACCAAUGCUGGAUCAACUUCCGUUGAUUCUAUGGUGGAUCAAUUCCUUUCCACCACGGCUCCCUCACCUUCCUACGACUCUGUGAUUGACGAGUUUCUGUCCACUGCUAUUGGGUCUCCUUCGGUUGACUCCACUGCUGAUCAAAUCGUGCCCAUUGCAACUGUUGACUCCACUACUUCUCGCUCUUUCAGAGACACAUUGAAGGCUUUGUCGGACAUCAACAUUGAAGCUUGUAAUGAUUUGGAAGAGUUGAUGACUUUGAAAAAUAACUUGGAGCAAAUCAUCAGAGAGAGAACGAGGCUGAUAUAAUAAUUUCCACGGCAGUCUUUUAUCUUGUUAAUCUCCACUUAAACUUGUUUAUAUAUUUGGGGAGAGUUAGCUUUUUUGUUGUAGACCAAGCUCUGAGAUAAUCUGUGCAUUUUUUGUACUA